CUUGUUGUCACAAGUCAAAACAACACACAAGUUAGUGUGAGCUACAGCAGCGGGCAGGGUCGUGAGAGACAGAGGCUACCGUGCACUGAUAUGGAGGGGAGACGGCUCGAGUGUAAGAUCCGAUUCCGACCAGGUUGGGUGGAUGUAGUGGUGCAGGAGGAUGUUGCUGUUCCCAGUAGAAGGGCUCUGAUAACUGGUGCAACUGGUCUCCUUGGCCGAGCUGUGUAUAAAGAGUUCAAGGACAACAACUGGCAUGUACUGGGCUGUGGUUACAGCCGGGCUCGGCCUCGCUUUGAGUUUCUUAAUCUGCUGGAUACAUCUGCUGUGAAAACAUUGAUCGAAGACUUCAAGCCACAUGUGAUUGUUCAUUGUGCAGCAGAAAGAAGACCAGAUAUUGUUGAGAAUCAGCCAGAUUCUGCUGCCAUGCUGAAUGUAGGUGCUUCUGAGAAUUUGGCAAAAGAAGCAGCUGCAAUAGGAGCAUUCUUGAUAUAUAUUAGUUCGGAUUAUGUUUUUGAUGGAGCAAAUCCACCCUACAGAGAAGAUUCCAUCCCAAAUCCCUUGAACCUCUAUGGUAAAACAAAACUAGAAGGAGAACGAGUAGUGCUACAGAACAAUGAUGGUGCUGCAGUACUCCGAGUUCCUGUGUUAUAUGGGGAUGUGGAAAAAUUAGAGGAAAGUGCAGUCACUAUCCUGUUUGACAAGAUACAGUUCAGCAACAAAUCCGCCAACAUGGACCAUUGGCAGCAGAGAUUCCCCACAUAUGUCAAGGAUGUUGCCAGCGUUUGUCUUCAGUUAAGUGAAAGAAAACUGCAGGAUCCUUCUCUAAAGGGCAUUUUCCACUGGUCAGGGAGUGAACAGAUGACAAAGUAUGAAAUAGCUUGUGCUAUGGCCGAUGCAUUCAAUCUUCCCUGCAGCCACCUGCGCCCAAUAACAGAUGAACCUGUUGGGGCAACUCCUCGCCCUUGGAACCCACAACUCGACUGUUCCAAGCUGGCAGAACUUGGCAUUGGUCAGCGGACACCCUUCAGAGUUGCCAUUAGGGAAUCCCUUUGGCCAUUUUUAGUGGACAAGAAAUGGCGUCAAACUGUCUUCCAUUAGAAUUUUGGGAAAUGGAGCUGAAACUGAUAUUUCUAUUUUUUUUUUUUUUUUUUUGUUAAAGAAAUUUAGUUUUGUAUUAGUGUUUAAAAUAAUUGUAUUAAUAAGCAAAGUUGUCAAUUACAGUAUAUGAUGUUAACUGAUCAAAAGAAAAAAAAAAAUCAAAACCAGCUUUGUUACUAAAUGUCAGCGCACUGGUUAAGCAGCAAGCUUGCACUAUAGAAAAAGUCUCGUAUUUAGGAUAACCCAGAGCUCAGUCUGAUUACUGCUGACUAUAGUCUAAGAUUUCAGAGUAACUGGAUUGCAGGACAAAUUGAACUCUUGGGGGUAGAUGAACUAAAGCUUCAAACAAUGGUAGUAAUCAGUCAGAUUCUGUGUAUCAUUUUUUUAGGAUGCAAUAGACAAAUGGUAGACAGCAUCUGGUAAGCUUUAGUAAAUCAAUCCUGUAGAAUCAAGGUGAGAAUUACACGUAGGCUUUUGUAUGAGGCCUUUCCACCCCCCCACCCCCCCUUGGAAAAGGGUUAUUGCAGACCUGUGCUGACAACACAAUAACAUAACGUCAAAGUGUUAAAUAUUUGGUGAGCACAAGUUUACUGUACAUUUUUGUGUCUGUCAGUGGUGUUCACCAGACAGACAUAGGGCUAGAUGCAUCAUGGCUUGGAAAGUGAUAAAAUGGAGAGUGAAAAAGUACCAGCCAAUCAGCUCCUAACUGACAUUUUUCAAACACAGCCUAUGACAUGGUAGUUAGGAGGUGAUUGGCUGGUGCUUUUUCACUCUCCAUUUUAUCACUUUCCAAGCGAUGAUGCAUCUAGCCCAUAAUCAACUUCCUGUCAGAAAUGAAGGCAUAAAGGGACAGAGAGAAAAUGUUAUACUUGACAUAGACAUCAGCAUCUCACCCACUAAAAUUUGCUGAAGCAGAUGUAUGCAAAGUCUUUAAAUGGUUGAAGUAUUCAAACCACUGGUUAUCUGGUGUCCCUACUAAACAAACCGUGUGUUCUACUCUCUUACCGUCAAAUAAAACCGUCCUCAAUGAAAACUGAAAAAUAUUAGAUGCUACAUAUUCUAAAUAUGUUCCAAAUUUGUCUGUCUGUUUUAUAUCAAUGUUAGAAGAAAUUAACUACUGUAUAUUACAUGUCAGUAAUACAGGAUUAACGAUUUAUGCACUGUGUCCUGCCUAAGUAAUGUACGGCUAGUAUUACAGAAGUGGUAGGACAUCAUUUUUACUGCAGUGUGAUGUGGCCUACUACAUGGCAAAAUAACAAGUAGUAGUAGUGUAUUAUGUCAGAUGGUACUGUAUAUACCUGCAUUACUCCACAAAUAGCUAUUUACAGUCACAAUUCCUUUGUUCCUCAGAUUUGGUGAAAUCUUCAGCACUUUUUUUUUAACUUUGUUUUGUUUUUUUUUUGUUUUGUUUUUUGAGUACAAAAUAAAAUAUAUUUCUGAAA